GCUGUAGCUAGGACCGUGUCGUGUUGCCGUGUCGUCGCAACGUCGUGUCUCGUGUAGACAACACGCAUCUGUACACGUCCAUGGAGUCUUCUACUAACAUCACUGAUUGAUAAAGUGCUUUCAGACUCUUCAAACCUCAAGACAGUGUGUGCGCGUCCGUGUAUUACUUCUAGACUUUCCGUACGUUUUCACCGUGACUUCCGCGUAUUAGUGAGCUCUUUGUGAUUAUGAACUUGGGUGCGUUGCGUACUCCAAAAUUCUACAAAACAGAAGCACUCGGUCUAAGGACUCCGCCAUCCGCCAUCGCUCCACCAUAGACGACGCCGCUGCCAUACUCUCCACCUUUGGACAAUUGGACUCAAGAUACCUGGCUACAAAUCCGCUACUUAUCGCUGUAAACACGAAGAUCAAUAAUACAGAAAUGACAUCACCUCCCUCCUCAGACCCGUGAACUCAUCACCAUGGACCUCGAGCUGUCGGGCUUGUACGACUACGAGACGUCGUCUCUGUCUCCGGACGACAACUCCUCCGGCUACAACAAGACUAACGUCAGCUGCAGCAAUGACUACUGCAUCGACAACGCCGACUACAUAGACCUGAUAGAGAAGCACAUCUCACCCAACCUCUACGAGUGUGUGCUGAUUGGUAUGCAUGUGCUGGUGUUCGUGGUGGGACUGGUGGGCAACGCUCUCGUCUGUGUCGCUGUUUACAGCAAUCCCACGAUGCGCACGGUUACCAACUACUUCAUCGUCAACCUGGCCGUGGCAGAUUUCAUGGUCAUCUUAUUCUGCCUGCCUCCAACUGUCAUCUGGGAUGUCACUGAGACUUGGUUUAUGGGACUUGCAUUGUGCAAAAUCGUUUUAUAUUUCCAGACGGUGUCAGUGGCUGUAUCAGUGUUGACUUUGACUUUUAUCUCAGUAGAUCGAUGGUACGCCAUCUGCUUCCCUCUCAAGUUCAAGUCUACCACGAGCAGGGCAAAAACUGCUAUAUUCAUCAUUUGGCUGCUGGCUCUCAUGUUUGACAUACCGGAGCUGAUAGUGCUCACUACAGUCAAGAAGGAGCUGAAGGUAGACGUCAUCUACUUCACCCAGUGUGUUCCCUCAUGGUCCUACCAGGCUGAGAUGACGUUUAACACCCUCAAGAUAGUUCUGCUGUACACGUUCCCACUGCUGUUCAUGUCAGUCGCCUACUGGCAGAUCGUCAGAGUGUUGUGGAAGUCGGACAACAUUCCUGGUCACUCAGAAACUGUCAACAUACACACUCAGACCAACAUUGCUUGCACUAACUCUCUGAACAAGCGGAGGCUGACUCUCGCCAACACCACGACUCAAGGCCAGCUGAGGUCUCGUAGGAAGGCUGCUAAGAUGUUGGUGGCGGUAGUCAUCAUGUUCGCCGUCUGCUACUUCCCUGUGCAUCUACUUUCUCUACUUAGAUAUACCUACAACAUCCCCCAGACGGACACGACGGCUGCUCUGGCCAUGAUGUCUCAUUGGCUAUGCUACGCAAACUCCGCCGUCAACCCGCUCAUCUACAACUUUAUGAGUGGCAAGUUCAGAAAGGAGUUCGAGCGUACCUUCGGCUGGUGUAUUGGUCACAAGCCUCGUCCUCUUCAGCACUUCCCUCCUCGUACCUCUAGCACUUACACCUGUCAGGUGACCGCUGGGGCCACCACGCCCAGGUCAGAGGUCAUACCUCUCAGCGUCUCAUCCAUCCCUGACUGUGACUACUGAAUGGCUUAGCACGAUCGCCACUGCAUCACUACAAAUACCUCAUAAGUAUUAAAAUAUAUGUGAUUUCACGCCCUAAUAUAAUGUAUGUGUAAUAAAUUAACCAAACUUAAUGUUGUGAACCAAUUAAAAACUAAUAAAACUACUUAAUCAACAUAAAAUAUAUUUUUCUACAUUUUCGUCUUUAUAUUUUUGGCUACUUCUUGUAUAAAGUGUGUUUCCCUGUAAAGUAAAAACUGUCUUUGAAACAAUUUUUAUUGCUAAUGACUAUGAUGUACUAUUUUUCUAUUAAAUGACUUCUGUUUUUUUUUUACGUAAAAAAUAUGUCUAAUGACAGUUUAAACAUUCAUUUUUCACUUAUAGGCCUUUACCAAUACGUUUACUAUCACUCUAAAAGUUACCUAAAAUUUGACUAGAGCAUUCUGGUAAUGGUUAUUGUUAUUAGGAUAUUUUGGAACCAAAGGUUUGUUGUGUUUUAUUUGUUCAUGUUGUAUUUUUAUAGUAUAUUUAGUUUAUUUGUUGUUACA